AUGAGGCUCUCAAAGCGCGCCACUCUUGUUUUUUUCCUCGCAGCAGGUAGUGUUACUGGUUAUGGUUUUCCUGAUUGCGAAUACGGACCUCUAGCGAGCAAUGCAGUCUGCAACACUGCUCUUGACCCCAUUACACGGGCAACUUCCUUGGUCAAGCUGUUCACUAUUCCAGAGUUGAUCAAUAAUACUGUCAACACGUCUCCUGGGGUUCCUCGUCUCGGUUUACCAGGGUACGAGUGGUGGUCAGAAGCUUUGCACGGAGUAGCGAAAAGUCCAGGUGUUAACUUCUCGACGUCAGGCGAAUUUAGCCAUGCAACAUCGUUUCCCCAGCCGAUCCUUAUGGGUGCUGCGUUUGACGACGAGUUGAUCAAGUCUGUUGGAAACAUUGUGGGUAUGGAGGGACGUGCCUUCAAUAACUAUGGGCACGCAGGUCUGGACUUCUGGACACCAAAUAUUAAUCCGUUCAAAGACCCUCGAUGGGGCAGAGGACAGGAAACACCUGGAGAAGACCCGUACUACCUCUCCAAAUACGUAUACAACUUCGUGGUUGGCUUGCAAGGUGGUCUUGACCCGGAGCCUUACUACCAGGUCGUUGCCACCUGUAAACACUUUGCGGGCUACGAUCUUGAGGACUGGGAUGGCAAUGCUCGAUAUGGCUUUAAUGCACUGAUCACUUCUCAAGAUCUCGUGGAAUACUAUCUGCCUCCAUUCCAGACUUGUUAUAGAGAUGCCAAAGCUGGCGCUGCCAUGUGCUCGUACAAUGCUAUCAACGGUGUUCCUUCUUGCGCAGAUACAUACUUGCUUCAAGACAUUCUUCGUGAUUUCUACGGCUUCACACAAGACCGAUUGAUCACGGGUGCCAUCCAAAAUAUCUACUCUCCCCACAACUAUUCCACCCCUCAACUCGCUGUAGCAGACGCACUCAAGGCGGGAACUGACAUCGAUUGUGGAACCUUCUAUACAGAGUGGUUGCCAAUCGCAUACGAAGAAUCUCUUAUCACAGAGACCGACCUACGCACAGCUCUGGUUCACCAAUACGCAUCACUCGUCCGCCUCGGUUACUUUGAUCCAGAAGAUCGGCAACCUUACAGAACAUACAACUGGAGUAACAUCAAUGCUCCUACCGCCCGACAGCUUGCAUACCAAGCUGCUGUAGAGGGUAUUGUUCUCCUGAAGAACGAUGGUACUCUGCCACUCUCGAGUAGCAUCAAUAACAUUGCCUUGAUCGGCCCGUGGGCAAACGCAACCACCCAAAUGCAAGGUAACUACUAUGGUGUCGCUCCCUAUCUCAUCAGCCCCGUCAUGGGCGCGAUGGAUGAUGGUUAUAACGUCACCUACGUGUUGGGCACUCACAUUGUAUCUAAUGACACGAGUGGAUUUGAUGCUGCUGUUGCGGCUGCAAAGGAAGCAGAUGCCAUCAUCUACGCUGGGGGUAUUGAUCACACUGUCGAGGCCGAGACCCUGGACCGCUAUACGAUUACUUGGCCCGGCAAUCAGCUUGACCUUAUUGCUGAGCUUCAGACAAUAGGCAAGCCUUUGGUCGUGGUGCAAUUUGGCGGCGGACAACUCGAUGACUCUGUUCUCAAGGGCAAUGCUUCUGUCAAUGCGCUUGUUUGGGCAGGGUAUCCAGGUCAGAGUGGCGGAAAGGCUGUCUUCGACAUUCUCAGUGGCAAGGUUGCGCCUGCUGGGCGCCUUCCCAUCACGCAGUACCCAGAAAACUAUGUCAACGAGAUUCCCAUGACGGAUAUGAACCUCCGUCCUAACUCGACGAGUCCGGGUCGUACCUAUAUCUGGUACACCGACACGCCUGUUUACGAAUUCGGAUAUGGCGAGCACUACACUACAUUCUCUUGCAAAUGGGUGCAAGCCCCCGCAACAUCAUACAGCAUCCAAGCUCUCGUUGAUGCAGGGAAGCAUGCUGCGUACUUGGACAGCGCACUAUUUGCUACGCUCGCUGUCAGUGUAACGAACACCGGAAACAGAACAUCUGACUAUGUUUCCCUUCUUUUCGCCAGUGGCACAUAUGGAGAUGCUCCCUACCCUAACAAGAAUCUUGUCAGCUACGCCCGCUCUCACAGCAUUGCACCAGGCGCUACUGCAAUAGCUGAGCUACCGAUUGCACUUGGUAAUCUCGCAAGAGCAGAUACCAAUGGCAACUUUUGGCUCUACCCCGGCACUUAUGAGCUUGUGCUCGACACCACUAGAGUCUUGAACUCUCAAUUCAAAUUGACAGGAAGUGCUGCACGGCUCACAUCCUUCCCGCAAAACACUAUGACUUCAUAA